UUUUAUGCUUCCUGUUAGCUUUAUCCAUACGUUUUUGGCUACAAAUUGCCAUGUUUUUAGCGCUUGAGAUUUUAUUUACACGCCGUAUUCUCUUUGUUUUUGUUGUUUAAACCGAACUCGCGUUUUAUGUUUACGAAGAUGUCGUCAGCUUUUAUUAGCCCUUAGUUUCGCAGCUUUUCUCUUUGUUUUUGUUAGYCCGUGUUGGCUAACCAGUCUGAGGCAGGUGACAUUUAAUGUUGUGCACCAUAAUAUAAGCAGAAUCAUUAAUGGCAGCUCGGCAGUUCUUCACAGAUACGGACAUUUCGGAUGAAGCUGUGAGGGCGACCUGUGACGAUGCAACCACCUGCAAAAGGUUUGCCACCAGUAAAUCCUACUGGAAGGACCUUUAUAUCCAGUACUUUGUGAGAUCUGUAGGAGAGCGGAAGGCACCAGAAAUUAACAGAGGUUACUACGCUCGAGUUAAAGGAGUGAACCUUCUUCUUGACGCAUUUAUAAAGAAAACAGACUGUCGGUGCCAAGUGAUCAACUUGGGGGCCGGGCUGGACACCACGUUUUGGAGAUUAAAGGAUGAAAACCUCCUGCCACAGAAGUUAUUUGAAGUUGACUUUCCAGCCGUUGUUGCCAAGAAAAUACACUAUAUAAAAACCAGGCCUCCUCUGUCCAAACCUAUCAUUGACGUGCACUCAACAGACUCCUUACUGAUAGAUGCCCACAACCUUGAGUCAGAUCGUUAUUGCAUCAUCGGAGCAGACCUCAGAGACAUCUCCAGCUUGGAUGAAAAACUAAAAAAGUUCCACCUUAACCCAGAAUUGCCAACAGUGUUCCUGUCAGAGUGCGUCCUGGUCUACAUGACACCCUCACAGUCCUCCAACCUGGUUCACUGGGCCGCAGAAACGUUUCACACCGCCAUGUUCAUAAACUACGAGCAGGUGAACAUGAGUGAUCGAUUCGGUCAGGUGAUGAUCGAGAACCUGCAGCGACGUCAGUGCACCCUGGCAGGAGUUGAGAUCUGUCAGUCUCUAGACUCCCAGAAAGAGCGCUUUCUGAGGACUGGCUGGGAGCAUGCCGAUGCUCUGGAUAUGAUGACGGUGUACAGUAUGCUCCCUCAGGACGACGUGGCGAGAAUUGAGCAUUUGGAGUUCCUAGAUGAGAGGGAGCUGCUUCAACAGCUUCUCCAACACUACUGCAUCUGCUGGGCCUCCAAGGACAAACUCAGGCUGGGUCUGUCCCAGGUGGCGUUUUGAGUGUGAAGUUUUUCCACGUGAGUUCAUCGAAAUCAACAGGAGGUGAAAAUCUAAGCGAGGAGACACUAGGGGGAAAAUAAAGCCCUUUUUCUUCAUCAAGUUCUCAUCAGAUAAACUGUUCCAGCUUCAUGAAAGUUUGGUUUCACAAGCACCUGUUGGAGGUCAGUUUGUGCUUUUCAUGUCAAAACAACAGUGUGAGUUACCGAUUGUAAAAUAAACAGUGGACACAACUAGAGAAUCAUUAUGUCCAAAUCAUUUCAUCCAUGGAAAUUAAAAACAUUGAGACGUCA